GGGCAAUUGGGCAUUCCCUUCUCACGAAUGUUACAGGCCCAUCCCUUCCAGGUUCCUUUCUGAUUACCACGCCCAAAGAUUCUCCUCGUCGCUUUCGGGUUAUGUUUGAGCGCGUUCUCUCCCCGACACGCCAUCAUGCCGUUAUUUUAAUCACAGCGACUUCCCUCCUCAACAUUUCCAUCCGGUGAUGCCCAUUUAGCUUCCCGCGAGUUCUAGUAGUGCCUCGAACGGCUGCGUGCGCCCCAAAAACGGAUGCUCACAUGGGUCGCGAAUGACUGCAGUCGCAGGAUCACGAACUUGACAUGUUGCGGAGAACAUACCUUUUCUUGGUGUUGGUAAGGCUCUGGUUUGCCUUAUCACCAAGCUAUCUUCACCCAGAUGAGAACUUUCAAGGGCCAGAGGUUAUAGCCGGACAGAUCUUUCAUUAUCCCGUCCGGCACACGUGGGAAUUCACAAACGAGCACCCGAUCCGUAGCGUUUUCCCACUAUGGCCCGUAUAUGGGCUGCCGAUGCUGCUUCUUCGCUGGCUAUGGAUCGGAAAUGGAAAUGACGGCGAGAUUCCGCCUAUCGCAGUGUUCUGGACCCUGCGCGUCCUCAUGUUCGCCAUAAGCUUCGUCCUGGAGGAUUGGGCUAUCCACGAGCUCAUACCAUCGCCGAGACAUAGGCGCGUUGCUGUCCUCAUUGUUGCCUCCUCCUACGUGACCUGGACGUUCCAGACACACACCUUUUCGAACUCAGUGGAAACAUUAGUAGUAGCGUGGUGUCUGGUGCUGAUUCAGCGCAUUGUUGAGAAUCCGAAUCGCAGUUCGUUCCUUGCCUCAGCGGUAUUAGGUUUUGUUGCGGUCUUUGGAGUGUUCAAUCGCAUCACAUUCCCCGCCUUUGUGUUGAUUCCUGGCUUGCAGUUGCUGAAAUACUACUGGAAGAAUCCUCUGUCAUUCGUGAUUUUGGUCUUUGCAGGUAUCUCAACAACGCUGUUUGCCAUCGCUCUCGACACGGCCUUCUACACACCGCACUCGAUGACCUGGUUGGACCUUAUAAGAAGACCUGUAUUGACGCCGCUCAACAACUUUCUUUACAACAUUGACCCGGAAAACUUGGCUCAACAUGGAUUGCACCCGUGGUACCAACAUUUGCUUGCCAACCUUCCACAGCUGAUCGGGCCAGCCGCCGUGCUUCUCUUCACCCGACCGCAAUGCUCUAUACGACUGUACUCUGCUAUCUCAGGCCUUGUCGUUCUCUCCCUAUCAAAGCAUCAGGAAGCAAGAUUCCUCCUCCCGACAGUCCCUCUCAUCUUAUCUUCCAUUCGACUUCCGAAACGAAAGUCGGCCUUGCGCAUUUGGCUGGGGUCCUGGAUUGUGUUCAACCUCGUGUUGGGCAUAUUAUUUGGGGUCUAUCACCAAGGUGGUAUCGUGCCAGCGCAAGUAUUCCUGAGCAAGCAGCCUGAUGCUACCCAAGCAGUUUGGUGGAAGACGUAUAUGCCACCAACCUGGCUUCUAAACGGGAAGAACGAGGUCCUCACCACACGAGAUGUUAUGGGAAUGAAGGGCGAGAUAUUGCUCGAGGAACUGGAGAAAAUUGCCACAUGCGAUAUCCCCGCGGACAGGAGGAGCAAUGAAUAUCUGAAGGAGAAGAACGGAACAUAUCUGGUGGCGCCUCUUUCGGCUGCAUGGCUAGACCCUUACCUACCGAACAAGGGCCUGGACGGACUACGAUUUCGGGAGGUAUGGCGAUAUCGGCAGCAUUUGAACCUGGAUGAUAUGGAUUUUGGUGAUGACGGCGUUUGGAAUACCCUGACUAGAGUAAUUGGGAGGAGGGGCCUCGGGAUAUGGAGGGUUACCAAAAGUUGUCCCAAGUAGGACUGAUGGAGUGGUAUGGCGGAAUGAUUGGUCAACGGCGGCCGUCUAAUUCUACAGCGUUUUCUAUAAAAUGGCUGUAUCUUGAUGGAAUCCAAGAAGUCCUCAAGAAACAAUGAAUGAAGCUUGCGCAAAGUCUUAAUUCUGGAAACAACCACAGACAGGGUUGAGAAAGUAAACAAACAUGUGCCAAGA